GUGUUUUUGAUCCUUGGGAUUUUCGUCCCCGUUUUCUAGUCUUUUUUUAAAACGAAAGGGGAGGAAGUUGUUAAAGAGAAACGUGCUACAUAGCGAAAUAAUUGUUGUCAUAAUAAAUAAAUACUGUGACUGAUAGAGUAAAAUGUGUCUGAAGCCACAAUCCUUUGCAUAUUUAGAGGGGGCGGGGAGUUUAACUUUCCCAGCUAUAAUACUCGAAGUUGGAGGGCUUUCCGCUCCAGCCUAACCCUUUAGGCUGCCUUCCUAAACGCGCUUCCCAGGGAACAAGCUCUUGGUGGAACGCCGUGGGAAUUUCCUCGCAGCAAGGAUGCAACAGGCUGCGCUUGUUCAUCGAGGGUCAAAGGAAGAAAUCCUUGCCCCGGCCAGACCAGGAACUAACCGGCUCCUUCACCCCGUGCCCCCCUUCCCCGCUUGUGCUGCUGACGGUGUCGGAUUUCAUCUCGCCGCUGGGACCAGCCUCGCGCGCCCCUCCUCGUACUUCUCGAGGGGUUUCGACCCUGCAGCCGCGACGGACCGUCCCCGGGGAGCCUCGAGAGUUCAUUCCGCCCGCCAGCGCCUCCCAAAGCCGAGCGGGGAGCCGCGCAGCACACGCUCGGGCGGGCGGCGCCGAGGAGGCGGCUCUCUCUCCCGCGACCGCCUGCGGGGACGAUGGGAUCCCUGCUAAGCAGCGACGGGCGGGAGGCGGUGGGAGGCCCCCCCGGCGGCAUCCAGGUGCCUCCUCCGCAGUGGGGAAGAGCUGGCGAGAAGAAACCGCCACAGGCCCUGUCUUUCGACUGCUCCAUCUGCCUGGAAGUGCUCCAUCAGCCCGUCAGGACGCGAUGUGGCCACAUAUUCUGUCACUCUUGUAUUGCAACAAGUUUAAGGAAUAACACAUGGACAUGUCCUUAUUGCCGGGCUUAUCUUCCUUCAGAAGGGAUUCCAGCAACUGAUGUUAUCAACAUGAUGAAAAAUAUUUAUCAAAACUGUACAGAAUGUGAAACACAGGUGUGCCUAAGUGAAAUGAGAGCUCAUCUGAGGACCUGUGGUCAAUAUAUAGAGAAAUAUGGCCCCUUACAAGAGAUUGUACAUCCGGAAACCAGAUAUCCUUGCCCUUUCUGCCAGUAUGAAUUGGAUGAAAGCGAUCUUCUGGACCAUUUUCUCACUUAUCACAGAUCUGAAAGGAGAGCAGUGUACUGUCCAAUUUGUCGUUUACUACCUGAUGGUGGGCCAAGUUAUUACAGCAGGAAUUUUCUAACGCACCUUCAGCACAGACAUACAUUCUAUUAUGAAGACUAUAUAGUGAGUAAACUGUAUUAUUAUUUUUCUGAAGCCACUACUAAGACUACUGUAUCUACAAGUGCAUCCACUUCCUCUGUAAUUGAUAGGUCAUCUGAGGGCAUUUGUAGAUUGCAAGAAAGUUAUGCCUGAGUAUUCAAAAAAGUUUGAAAGACUCAAAACUUCAAUGCAGAAAUAGUCUACACUGAUGUAUGGUCCUAACACUGAUUUAAUACCCAUCCAAAAAUAAACAAGCUGUUCUGCUUUCUCAGAUUGGAACUAUGCACUGUUGGAGGGGCAGCAAAUAUUCUUUUCAUGUUCUGUGCUCUUGCUAUGUAUUGUUUACUUUAUAUUUUUAAAAAUAUUGCUUUCCUGUCAGGUCAGGGGUAGGCAGCUUUCUUCAGGUUGAGACCCCAUAUUGGGUGGCUGGCCAGGGGCUGCAUGUGUACACACGAUUACCCACACACAAAAAUACUCUAGUUCUACUGCUUUUGACUGCAGAUUGCUGGGCUUAGCUUCCACCUCCCCUCUCCCUGCAAGCCUGGUGGUACUGAUUAGUAUGUUACAGAUGGGAACAAGGUGAUGCUGCUCAAGAUCACUACAUUGGGAAGGUGGGUUGAAUUUCAAUCCUAUCACAGUGCUACUUGAAAGAAAGGGGGUGCUCUAGAGUUCUUGUAAUUCACCCUUUUCCCCAGUUACACCAGGAUCCCACCAGCCCACCAAAUAGCUGUUCAGUAGACUGGCAGCUAGUGUUUUGAGCCAAGGUUUCUCCUUUGAACCAGUACCAAAACCAGAAAGUUUUCCUUGCAACUUUCUUUAUUGAUUCUUGGUAUACAAAUCAUGGCUCUCUGAGCAUGCACAGAGCACUUGUUGAACCUAAUCUAAUGUUUACUGCCAGGAACUCUCCUUAUGAACAUGCCUGGGCCCCAUCCCCUCACGAAGGGCUCUCUGAAAGGGAGCACACCUCCUGUCUGCAUGCUGCUCAUUCAUUGUGGCUUCCUGUCUCUGCUGUCAUUUGGGCUGUUCCCAGGAACUGCCAGGCUCAGCAAAGCACCUGGCCUUGAGAUAAUCGCCUCUUCUUCCUGUCUCACAGAAUCUUGUCCUAGUCCAUCCUCUGCAAUUUCACUGAAAUAGCCUUCACUUUGCAAUUCUGAAUCAGUGGCUGGAAUAUAGCCAGCAGUUUGUGGGGAUUAUUGCCCAAGACUGCCAUCCCUCUUACUCCCAACAGGAAGGGUAGCACUUUCAGAAGCUGUAACAGAGCUGCAGCGAUAGAGAAAACACACCAGGCCACACAAAUGGCCCUGGAGAAGUGCAUGCAACCAUAGGCUGCACUGUGCCCAGUCCUGCAGUAAACCAACCUCAACACACUAAAUAGUUUUAAAACGACAAUAGUAAAAAUUAUAGAAAAAAUAAAUACGAAGUACAACAAUUAAAGCACUUCGCCACUAGGCAGAUCCUUUUCUUUUACCUAUUCAUGAAGAAAGGGAGAUUUUCAAAUUAUCUUGGGAGGUAACAAAUACUAGAGUUGUAUAGCAUCCAUAGAGCAGUACUUCUCUGACUCUUGCUCUGGGAGAGACCACAGUGCAAAAGAGAAAGAAAGAAAGCGAGAGAAAGAGAGAGAAAGGAAGAAACAAAGGUGCAGAGAAUCUUUACAUUUAUGUGCUUUUUGGGUCUAUGCAGAAAUACAUUUUACCAUCAUGUUUUAUAAAUUCUGCAGCAGCUAGUUUUCAAGAUGGCUGACAUUCUACUCUUUCAGAGAUCUAAGAAUCACUUAAGACAUUCAAAACAAGUUUGGCAGGAAAGAAGCACAUACUACCCACAUUUCUGGUUUCAAUUAAGAAAGGGGAAAAGCAUAUCUGUCCCUUACCAUUUCUUAAAUCUAAAGCUUCUCAGGUAUAUGAUUGGAGUCUAACAUUUGCUGAGUCAGUGUAGUGUAGCAGAGUGUUAGACUGGGACUUGAGAGAAGCAUGUUAUAUUCUAUAUUUGGCCAUGAAGCUCACUUGGUAACUUAAGGCUGACUUACUUUCAGCCUAAACUACCUCAUAAUGUUGUUGUGAAGAUAAAAUGAGGGUUCUUUGGAAGAGUUGAGUAUAAAUUUAAUAGCAAACAAAGUGUGCUUCAGCAGGAGUAGGCAAGCUGGUAGCCUCCAGACUACAAUUCUUUCCAGCCUAGCUUGCAUGAAACAAUAGGACAGAAGUUGUAGUCCAAGAAAGCUGGAGGACACCAGGUUACCUCUUCUGAGUUAAAAAGAACACCAGGCAGCAUUGCUCCUGUCUGAAGUCAGAAAUCUUGAUAUUAUGCCAGCACAACCUUGCAUAAUUUAGAAUAUAGUGUCUUGGUACAUCCCUGUUGGUCUGACAGAAUAUCAAGCCUUUUGUUUUUGGUUAACAGGUCUGGAACUAGCAGCUCCCUUAACCAGAUGGAAUUGUGUAGCACAACUGAGAAAGGCCUAGGGGUUUGAGAGAAAAGGCAUUCUUUUUUCUUUCCACAUUUCUAAAGCUCUUUCCCCAAGAAAGCUGAGCAGCACUACAAGGCCUCUGUUCCAGACAGUCUAGUGCCAUGAGCAAGAGUGCUCCUCUUUGGGCAGUAGAGAUAUUCUGUAUUAUCACUGGGAAAGGGUAGGUCUUACCUGUAUGUAUAAGAAGUGUUGUAUGGGACUGAAACAUUAUCUUUUAACACUUUAUUCAAGGUGAUCAUGAUGUUAUUUCAAUACUAAUCAAUUUAUAAAGGCUUACCUUUAGCCUUUGGCUAUCCUCAACAUAUUCAGCAGAACUGUAGCUACUUGGUAGUUCUAGACUAGUUCUGUUUUUUUAUAUCAAUAGUACAUUUACAAGUAUUGUAGUGUUGCAAUAGCAUGGCAGUGUGAAUUGUUUCUUCUGCAACCUAAAAUUCAGUUCCUGCUAAUAAAUAAGAUGUAUUUCUCCUUUAUUAGUACAAAUAUUUUUAACAAACAGGGGUAUGUUUAUUGAAUAACAAUAAGCAGCAUUUUACUUGAACUGCUGCUAUUUUAGCAAAAUGGUAGCCAAAAUGAAAGGAAAUGAAUCAUCUUAAAAUUAAAUGUUACAAGCAUUCCUUCAACUACUGAUUAUUAUGUUCACUUGUAGGCCACAAAAGGGAGGAUCAGCAGACCAGAAGAAAGCUGAAAGUUUGCAAUACUAAUUUUACAUUUUUUUCUUAUAUUUAAUUUUUAAAGGGGAACCUCCUAAAAUAGAUCUAUGAAAUUUCAAUGUCAUAGAAAGCUAUGGACUGAAAGGUUAAAUAGUAGCUAUAAACAGUUACUAAUAGUAAUUAAUAGUUAAUUAGUGGGAGGUGAAAUGGAAUGGAGUGGUUGGAGAAGGAUGAGGUAGUACAGACAGAACCAUCUCCUCAUUUGGAAGGUAAUUUCCUGAUUCAUACAGAAAAAACUAUUUUUAAAUGUUCCCAGGUGCAAAACUGAGAACUUCCUAUAGAAAUCAAUAGAGAAAUUUAGGAUUUAUGGUAGUUUAAAUUGGGCACAAAAUAAUUUUUAAAAGCUUAGCCUAAUAGGAAUUAUGCAUGAACAUGGCAAUAGUAUGCUCUCUAACUAUUGAAGAGAAGAAAAAAGGAAACCAAGGUGGUGGUGGUAGAAUGAGGUAGCUGGAUCUCAGGAAAGCACCAUAAUGCAAAAUUUUGUUGCAGGCUCUAUUUGUUUAUAUCUAUUAUCAAUUUUAUUUGUGUCAUAAUGUCCUAAUUGAAAAAGUAUAACAGUGCAUGUAAACAUUUUGAUCUAUGAUUUUUAUUGCAUAAUUGUUUUUACGUGUUUGCUUUCUCAUUUACAUGAAUUGAUUGAUAUGGUUACACUAUCCAUUAAGUGAAAAAUUUCUAUUUCCAUUUUAAUUGUGCAUAGUUGUACACAGCUGAUGCCCCUAUAACUGGAUAUCUAGCCCAAAACUGAGUAUCUUUUGGUUCAAUGCACUGAAAUGUUUAAGGCAAAACCAAGUCAGCUCCCUUUCUAAUCUUGCCAAAGGAUCAUUUUUUACAUCAUAUAAAUAUUGACGCCAUCUCAGGAUAACUUGCUGCUUUACUAGUAGAAUUUGGCCAUCUGAUGUAAAGCUCUCAGUGGGAGGUUACAAAUCUGAGCAAUCCCUUACAUGAUUUCUGGUAUAUCCUAAAGAAUGUGUACUCAUUUAGGAGGCCAUUGAAUCCCAGAACCCAUUGGCUAUAUUCAGACAACAUGACAAGCUACACUCAAGGAUUGAGAAUAAGUUGAACCAUGAGUUAUCAUGUUGUCUCAACCCAGCCAAGAUAAUAAACCAAAGGGAAUAGCCCACAGUUCACAACCCAACAGUAAAGCAUAGGUUCUUUUCAUGGGUUGUUUGGGGGGAAACAAACAAUGGCUUCUCAGUGCAGCUGGGUUCAGAGAUCCCUAAAACAAUGGUACGAUGACAACCCUUCCUCAGCCCUUGAGUCUGGAUUAUUGUGUUGUCUAAACCCAUCCAAUGUAACAAUAUGCAUCUCCCUGACAUCUCCUUUAGUGACUGGGUUUUUAAUCCUCAUAUAGCUUGUUUUGCCUUGGCAAUGCUAGGACAGGGAACCCAAAAUGUGGGUGUCAGUUAAGUAUCAAUUAUGCUUAAUGUUAAAUAGGUAAAAUAGAUUGUGGUAGUCUAACUACUGCUGCAAAAGAGAAUUUCUGUCGCUAAUUAUAAGACUACUGCUUAGCAACACUGUGUUGAUUUCAUUGUUUAUUUGCAUAUCUGAUUAUCUUUCCUUCUUAUUUCAGGAUAUAAAUAUAGUAGAAGAAGUUCUCAUUGAACAAGUUCUAGAUGGGUCAUUUUUACAGUAUGUGCAUGUGAAUAAUCCAAGUACCGCAUAGUCCUAUCAAAAUGAUUGGAAGAAAUACCAAAUGGAUUACACUGUAAAUUAAAAUGUGGGUUGUUAAGUACUACUGUCAGCUUCUUUAAGACUAUAGUUCAGCAUUCUAAAAACAAAUUAUAUUUAGGUUUGUCAAAAUUCAUAUUUACUUUUACUGUAGAGGCAUAAUAAAGGUAAUUUUGAUUGGUUGUGACCUGCAGAUAAACAUACCUAAGGAUCCUUCUUACAGUGAGCACUGAUGAGAAGUGAAAGCAGCUCCCUUUCAAGAGAGGAGUCACAUAGGUGUACAUAGUCAUGGGAGACUGUAUAUGAUUUCUGCCAGCAUUCACUCAUUUCAUUUGGUUCCAGUCAAGGUUCCUACAUAAUGACCUGCUUCAGACAACAUUUUGUCAGUUCCUGAAUUGCUUAACCCAGAAAGUGCAUGGACACAUGAACCCUCAAACUCUGGGUUUUUAAUGGGCUAAACAAUCCACAGUCAGUCCCAAAACAAACUAUGGGCAAUUUUGAGUUAACUCAGUUGUUUCCAGCUUUGCACAUCACAGAGUAUUCCUUGGUUGUUGAGUAAAAGCAAAAAUGAUGGCCACAGAGGUUGCAUGCUCCAUUCAUCCCUGCAACCCAAGUUCAACAACCAAGGAACUACCAGACUGACCUCUGAAGUGGGCCACUGUCUAACAAAGGCUAAGGAGUGAAGAGACCCUUAGGCAGGGUUAAUUAUGCAACUUCAUGUGCCAUCACUACAUUAUAAAGAUAGGAAGAGUAAGUAAAGCAGAAUGGAAUACAUUUGCAGGAAAGAAUCCAGUGCAACACUGAGUUACAUUGCUUGUAUGUAUUACAUUGUGCUAGCAUAAACAAACUGUAGCACAAUGCCAAUAGCCAGGAAAAAAAACACACUGCACCAGCAAGUAUUAUUUGUGUAAUGGUAAAGGUUGUCAAUGUCCUGUAAUAUGUUUUAGCAAUACUGUUGUACUGAGUACUGUCUACAGUUCUGUUUCUACUACAGAUUUAAUAUUUAUUCAAAAUGUGUUUUGUGAUCAUGCUUUACUGGGUUAUUUUACAAGUUAUACAUAGCACAUCAUAUCUACUGUCACUAUAUUUUAUUCCAGUGCUAAAAACUUUCACUCUCCAAAAUAUACUUAUUUUCAAGGAACCUUCAAAUUGACCAGGAAAAUAAAAGUACAUUUUAGCUUGUUUAGAUAUAUUGCAGUUUAAGAGCUAUAUUGCUUGGCUCUACUGUAAUGAAUAAUAACAGGUCAAUGUUCAGAAUAUGAAUGAUUACUGUGUCUACAGCAAGAGUUGCUAAUAGGCCUUUCAGUUUUAAAGAAGACAUCAAAGUUUCUUAUGAUAAUUUUCAAGAGUGAGGCACAGUAUUCAUAAUGAUAAAGCUGUUGCAAUGCCAAAGACAGAGAAAACAACUGUGCCCUUUGAAAAAAAAAGUUGUAUGACUGACCAAAGAGCAAAAAGACAACGUACAACUAUAUUUUACAGCACUAUACUCCUGAUUACUUCAAUAAUGCUAUUAAAGAUAGCAUGUGUUACAUUAAUAUCAGAUGCUGAGAAUCAGUAACAGAAAGCCACAAAUGAAUUUCUUAAAAUAGUCAAAACAGCAACUACAAAGAAAAGAUCGAUUGUGUUUUCUCCUCUUGUUCUAUGUUUUACUAAAAGUAUUCAACUUUUGUAACAAGAAUGUAAGACUAAUAUGAUUUUUAUAUAUUAAGUAUUUAACACAGUAUUUCACUGGUGCAAUUUUCUGUAAAUAUGUUUAGUAAGAAUUCAAAUGUGUAUUUGCACACUGAUUUUUGAAAUGGUGAAAAGCAUUCAUGGAAAAUAUAUUCUUAAGCUCUCAAUAAAAUGCUUAGGCCUGA